AGGAGUAAGAAAUCACGAUCAAGUAGCGAAGAUAGCUAUUGGGAUUGCACUGUUUGCACAUAUCGAAAUAUCACUACGGCUUUUAAGUGUUUGAUGUGUGAUGUUCGAAAAGGCACUUCUACUCGCAAGCCCAGAGUAAGUGCCGAAAUAGUUGCCCAACACCUUGCUCAGCAAAUAAAUGCUAUAUCUUCAAGAAAACCGAAUAGUCAUUCGAAGAAAGUUAAGAAGUUACGACCGAGGUUAAAAAAUGUGGAUAGGGACAGUGGACAACAAAUGGCUGUUACCGUUGGAUCAGUUACUGUAAUCAUAACCGAUUACAAGGAAUUGAAAUCGCAAGACAAACGAUCUGAUAAUAGUAGC